AUGAUAAAGUGUAACGGGAUUGUAAAAUACCCGGAAAUAAAAAAAGAAUAUAGUAAAUCGCAAAUACAAAAAUACGUGAAGGAGUUUUUAAACCAUAGUAAUAAGUAUGAAGGAAAAGCAACGCACGAAGCAUGGAGAGAAACGAGCGGCUGGAAAUACAUAGUCAAAUGCCUAGAGUCAGUACAAAAUGGAGGAAAGGAGAAAGUGGACGAGAAGGAAUUGAAUAAGUACGAAGCAUACUGCUAUGUGUUGAAUAAAUAUGAAAUAUUUGAACAAGUAGUAAGAAUAGUGGAAAGAGUGAGAAGAGGAGAAGGAGAAAAAAUGAAGUUGUUCGGACUGCCAGUGGCACUGAAAGAUAAUUUGACGUUGAAGGAAGUACCAUUUUCAAACGGAGUGACAAAAGGACCAUAUAAGUCGUCGUACACAGCAACGUCAGUGAAGGGACUGCUGGAACAGGGAAUAAUAGUAGUAGGAAAGACAAAAUUAAACGGAUUCGGAGUGGGAUCGAACACGACGGAAGUUAUAAACCCGCUGGGAGAAGAGUACAUAGUGGGAGGGUCCUCAGGAGGCUCGGCAGUGGCAGUCUCAGGAAACGCAGUGACCUGCGCAGUGGGAACGGACACGGGAGGCUCAGUGAGGUGCCCAGCAGCCUUCGCAUCAGCAGUGGGCUACAGGCCGUCCUACGGAGUUAUAAGCAGGUACGGAAUGAGUGAGCUGUGCGGAUCCUUCGACACAGUAGGAUACAUAACGAACAACGUGGAACAGGCGCUGAUAAUGGCGGCCGCGACAAUAGGACACGAUAGAAAGGACAUGAACAGUAGGCCGGAAGCAGACGAGUUGAAGAGGAAGGUGGGAGAACUGGUAGAAAGAACAAGCACGUCGAAAAGAAUUAUGAAUGGAUGGAAGUCGCUGGAAAAACUUAAGAUAGGAAUGUUCGACGCAGAAGAAAUAUAUAAACUGGGAUACAUAGACGAAGAAAAUAAGAAAAACAUGGAAAACGUGGAAAAAAUAACAAAAAAAUUGGGAGCGGAGGUAGUGAAGGUGGAGGCACUGAAGCUGAGAGAGUGCACAGCACUCUACUACCUGAAAACUGCGAAAAACGUGGCGACGAACAUAAGAAGGUUCAAAAACCACCCGUAUCAGAAGAAGCACCAGGAGCUGGAGGAGUUCCUGCUUAACCUGGACCCGAGAAUAACAGAAAGGUUCCUGCUGGGAGAGUACGUGAAGGAAGUGAGCUACGAAGUGGAAAAGCUGUUCGAAGAUAAGAAGAGGGAGCUGGUGAAGUGGGUGGAGAAGAACAAAAUGUUCAAGGAGGUGGAGUUCCUGAUAACGCCGACGACGUCGGAAGUGCUGCCGCUCAAAAACGAAGACUACCAGUCAAAGAACAUGUACAUGCUGGACAUAUUCGAAACAGUGGCGCCGAUACUGGGAGUGUGCUCAAUGUCGUUGCCCCUGAGGAACGGAACAAGACCAAACGCGUUCCAAAUAACAGGAGGAUACCUCCAGGACCACAAACUGUUCGAAAUCUCAAGAAUAUACGAAGAUAACAUGAACAAAUAA